AUGAGUUUCAAGGGCUUUCAAAAGAGCAUCGUGCGUGCCCCGCAGCAGCUCAAAGUCAAGUUCAACAUCGGUGAACACACCAAGGAUGCCGUCUAUACCGAUGCCGAGCGUCGCUUCGAUGAGCUCGAGAAGGAAACUAAGAAGCUACACGAUGAAUCUAAGAAAUACUUUGAAGCUAUCAACGGCAUGCUAAACCAUCAGAUCGAAUUCUCAAAAGCAAUUGCCGAGCUCUACAAACCCAUCUCCGGUCGUGCCUCCGAUCCCGACUCUUUCAAAUUCGAAGGAAACCCUGAGGGCAUCCAGGCCUGCGAAGACUAUGAGGCGAUCGUGCGGGAACUGCAGGAAUCCCUCGCCCCGGAGUUGGACAUGAUCGAGAGCCGAGUCAUCAGCCCCGCUGAUCAACUGCUGGAGGUGAUCAAGGUGAUUCGCAAGGUCGCCGUCAAGCGCGACCAUAAGAAGCUGGACUACGACCGCCAUCGCGCCUCGCUGAAGAAGCUGCAGGAUAAGAAGGACAAGUCGCUCAAGGACGAGAAGGCCUUGUACAAAGCGGAGAACGAUGUCGAACAAGCGACCCAGGACUACAACUACUAUAACGAUUUGCUAAAGGAAGAGCUUCCUAAGCUGUUCCAGCUCGAGGCGGAGUUCAUCCGUCCGCUAUUCCAGUCAUUCUAUUAUAUGCAACUCAACGUCUUUUACACUCUGCACGAGAAGAUGCAGGGCAUGAGCAUCAGCUACUUCAACCUCGCUCUCGAUGUUGAGGAGGCCUUUGAACAAAAGCGCGGCGAUGUCCAAGAGCGCGCCGAGGCACUACUGAUUGUACACUUCAAGACGAAGGGACUCGGCCGAGCGAACUCGAAGCUGGGCUCGCUGAAGGCCUCCGAAGCCAAGGCUGGCCGUGGGCGUGCAUCUUCAACCGCUUCCGACCAACCUCCGCCUCCAUACUCAUCCCCCAGCCCAACGGGCGGCAGCUUCUCUGCUGCAGCUAAGAGCAAGCCUGCUCCGCCACCUCCACGGGCGAAGCCCGCGCAUCUCAGCAAGCCCGUUGAGACGGUGGUCGCACUUUACGAUUACGAGGCUCAAGCUCACGGCGAUCUUGGAUUCUCCGCUGGCGACGUGAUCGAAAUUGUCACCCGGACAGACAACCAAAAUGAGUGGUGGACCGGGCGAGUCGACGGUCGGGAAGGCCAAUUUCCAGUUCAGCCUUGCGGAUAUGCUGGUAUCAAGCCGAUGCGACGUCGGACCCAGUUUUUGUCGGGGCUACAUCCUACCGACAUAAUCUACUCCUUUUCUUUCAUGACGGCGGAUAUACUCUGUUUUAUAAUUCAGGAAGUCACCAUGUCCGGUCUUGUCCAUCUCAUCAAUGCGCGUCUUGCCCAUGGCGACCAACUGAUCUCUGGAGACUUGUGGGUUGACCCCAAGGCUGGGGUCUUCGUUCCCCCACCUAACCCCGCUCCACUGGCGUCUGUCAUCGAUCUCCAAGAUCGCAUUAUGGCCCCGGGGUUCUUGGACCUGCAGAUCAAUGGUGCCUAUGGAUUUGAUUUUUCGGACGAUAUCGCCGGCAACUAUGCUGGCUUGUCGUAUACAGAGCGGUACAGGGAUGUCCGACGGAAGCUCAUCACAACGGGAACUACGAGCUUCCUACCUACAAUGACUAGUCAGUUGCCAGAGAGAUACCAUCAGAACCUACCAUUCUUGGGCCCUUCUCCGUCUCGAGACCCUUUCGACGGAUCCGAGUCACUCGGUGCACAUUGUGAGGGACCUUUCUUUGCCCAUAAUCGAAUGGGCGUCCAUCUCCCAGAUGCUAUCCAUGCAUCAGGAGCAACGAGCGAACCAAAGCGUGUGUUUGAAACCUAUGGAUCCAAUAAUCUGGUCAACUCGGAUAAUUUGUCGAAACGGGCAAGCCUCAGAUCUAUCCCCUCUCGUGUUCGUAUGAUCACUAUGGCACCGGAGCGAUCAGGUGCCCUGGACACGAUCAAACGACUGAGUCAAGCUGGAAUCAUAAUGAGUAUUGGCCACACGGCCGCGACCUACCAGCAAUCCAGGGCUGGCAUCGACGCGGGUGCAACUAUGAUUACUCAUUUGUAUAACCAGAUGAAUGGCCACCAUCACCGUGAGCCCGGCCCCCUUGGAAUAUUGGGUGGAGCAGCAGAUUUAAAUCUGGAGAAUGAGACCAGGAUCUUGAAACAGGCCGGGGACGGGGAAGAUUCGAACGUGAACGAUCGUCCGUAUUUUGGUAUCAUUGCUGAUGGCAAUCACGUCCAUCCAGCUAGUAUCCGGCUAGCGCAUUUGAUGCAUCCAAAUGGUCUUGUCUCGGUGACUGAUGCUUUGUUACUUCUUGGUGGCGAGGAUGGGACAAUCGAUUGGCUUACGAGGCGGCUUACGAAGAAGGGUGUUUCUGUUACUCUCGAAGGGACUGAUAUUAUUGCAGGAAGCUGUGUCACUCUGCUCCAGUGUCUGAACAACUUUCGUCGAUGGACGGGUGUGUCGAUUCCCGUUGCACUUCAGGCUGUCACUUCAAGGCCUGCUGCAGUUCUGGGUUUGUCACAUCUGAAGGGUGCGUUGACAGCGGGUGCCGAUGCCGACUUCGUUGUUUUGAGAGAGGAGUUUGUGACAGGUCAAACUACCUCGGGUUUGGUUGUAGAUCAAGUCUGGAAGUUUGGAGUAAAGGUGUACGACCAGAGUGGCCAGUGA